GUUUUCAUAUGCUAAUUAUAUAGAAGUAAGAUUAAUCAUGCUAUUGCAAUACAGGUUAUAUAAUAUUUGAAGUAGCCAAAAUCUUUUUUAUCGUAGCUUAUAUUGGAUAUAUAAUCAUGUUGAACAUUUUAGAAUAAUAGGAAAGGCUGACAACUAACGCUUAAAUUUGAUUAGAAAAAUAUUUUUAUCAUAAAAAGUAUAAAAUCUUCAUUAUUAUGGUAUAUUUGUUAAUAUUAAUCUGUACAUUUAACCAGUCCAUUGCAGAUUUCAAAAUUUGAAAAGUAGUAACCGAGAGAGCUAGUCAACAUAUUUGUUACUAAAACUUGUUCACAAAAGAUGUUACUAAAAAUAAGAAAAUCUAUAAAGAGCUACAUGCAUAUGAUUCUUUCAUAUUUUUUAACAUUUUUAAAAAAUAAUUGAGCAUAUAAAGAGAUACAUGCAUAUGAUUUUUUUUUAAAAAGUUAUCAAAAGUUUUCUAGUUAAUUAGACAAUGAUAUUUAUUGAAUUAAAUGACAAUAUGAUUAUUUUAGUUAAUUUUAAAAUUUAUGGGAUUAAUCACGACAUGCUAUCCAAUGCAGAAAAAAUAAUUUUUUUUUGAAAUAUUAGUUGAUUUUAAGUAAAAAAAAUAGUUUGUAGAUGUAUUUUAUUAUCUGCAAUCAAGCUAGGCAUGCAUCUGCAUCGGCAACCUACAAAAUUCUCGCGUUUUCAGAAUAUAGAUGAGAAUCUAGAUCACCUAGUGUAUUUGACCCAAAAAAGACUAUUAGUGUAUGUGAACUGUAUUUAAAAAUGCAUGAUCCAGUAAUAUUUGUUGCUAUACUAAAAUAGUUAUAACUGAAUGGGUAAUAUAUAUGUAACAUGCACUGUUUUACAGAAGAUAUUUUGACUUCCGACAAACCUGCAAAUACCAAACAAACAAAAGAGGACACAGUUACCAAAAAAUAAAAUUUAUUCCAUCUUAUCAUUCACCUAUUCAGUCGAUGUAGACACAUCACCAGUUUCAAAAAGAUGCACAAAGGCAAUGCUUAAUUCUUAUAUAUAAUCUGGAACCAAGCAGCCAUUUAGUAUUAUCUAAUAACAAGAAAAGACCCUUUAAUUCAUCUCUAAUGGCUUUCCUAAGCUUGUUUGAAAUCUCCAUUGCUUUCCUUUGCUUUUUUCUCUUUCGACAUUUCUUGAUCAAUAAGAAACCUCACCGUCUGUGUCCCACAAACUGGCCUUUCCUCGGUGUGAUCCCUGGUUUGCUCGUUGAAAUCCACCGUGUUUACGACUUCAUAACCGAGAUUCUCGAGGUCACAAACUUAACCUACUUUUGCAAAGGCCCGUGUUACGCGGGCCUCGACAUGUUGGUCACGGUUGAUCCUUCUAACAUCCACCACAUCAUGAGCUCAAACUUCUCAAACUACCCUAAAGGUCCCGAGUUCAAGAAGCUGUUCGACGUUUUGGGAGAUGGGAUUUUCAACGCGGAUUCGGAGCUGUGGAAGGAUCUGAGGAAGUCAGCUCAAAGCAUGAUGAUGCAUCCCGAGUUUCAAAAGUUUUCAUUAGCUACAAGCAUGAGUAAGCUAGAGAAAGGGCUUGUCCCACUUCUCGACCAUGUUGCUAAUGAGAAACUCGUUGUGAACUUGGAAGAUGUUUUCCAAAGAUUCACGUUCGACACUACGUGUGUUUUAGCGACCGGGUAUGAUCCAGGUUGUCUCUCGGUUGAGAUGCCGGAAAUAGAGUUUGCGAGAGCUUUGGACGAUGCAGAGGAAGCCAUAUUCUUCAGACACGUCAAGCCGGAGAUCUUGUGGAAGAUGGAAAGCUUCAUUGGUCUAGGAGAUGAGAAGAAGAUGACGAAGGCUCGUGCUACUUUUGAUCGUGUUUGCUCCAAGUACAUAGCUUCUAAGAGAGAUGAGGUCAUCACAAAUAUAGAUUCUCCUCCUGCUUCUCAAGAUUUGCUGACGUCUUACAUGAACUUGGAAACCACCAAGUACAAGCUGUUGGAUCCGAGUGACGACAGAUUCCUUAGAGACACGAUCUUGACCUUCAUGUUAGCGGGCCGAGACACGACAGGAUCUGGUCUCACUUGGCUCUUCUGGCUUCUCCUUAAGUUUCCAGAAGCAAUGGACAAGAUUCGUCAAGAAAUCAAGACAGUUCUAUCACCAAAAACAAAGACCGAUGAUGAUGAUGAUGAUUCUGAUUCAUUCAAUCCACAAGAGUUAAAGAAGUUGGUGUAUCUGCAUGGUGCAAUUUGUGAAGCCCUCAGACUCUAUCCACCGGUUCCCUUUCAACACAAGUCUCCUACUAAAACCGACGUUCUUCCGAGCGGACACAAAGUGGAAGCCAACUCGAAGAUUCUGUUCUGUCUUUACUCAUUAGGGAGAAUGAAAACGGUUUGGGGAGAAGAUGCAUUGGAGUUUAAACCGGAGAGAUGGGUUUCUGAGAGUGGGAAGUCGGUACAUGAGCCGUCUUAUAAGUUCUUGUCCUUUAACGCUGGUCCAAGAACUUGUUUGGGGAAAGAAGUGGCUUUGACGCAAAUGAAGAGUGUGGCUGUGAAAAUCAUACAAAACUACGAGAUUAAGAUGGUUGAAGGGCAAAAGAUCGAACCAGCUCCUUCUGUUAUUCUCCACACAAAACAUGGUCUUAAAGUCACAGUCACUAAGACAUGUUUGGUCUGAAUUUUCCGAAGCAUAAUCUUAUAUUAUCCACAGUCAAUGCUUCCUUUGGCCCUCCCUUAAGUGUGGAAAUCUCAUAUCACUUUUUAAGUGGUUCAUCCAAUAAAAUUAAAUUAAAUU